CAGCAGCAGAGCGGGACCGGCUCGGAGCGCGUCCUCCCGGGCAGCAGGGGGCGCUGUGAGCGUCGGAUCCGCCCGCGCGGAAGAGGCUCGGCUUCAUCGCGCUCUCCGCUGCUCUAUCAUGGUGAGGACGUAUAAGAGGAAGACGACGCGGGCGAGCACGGCUCCGGACAUCAUGCUGAAGGCCGUCAGACAGGUGCUGGUGUUCAAGAAGACCAUCCGCGGCGCGGCGGAGGAGUUCGGCAUCAACUACCGCACGCUGGCCCGUUACUGCAGCAAGAUCCCCCGGGAGGAGGUGGAGGGUGUGGUGGAGCUCCCCAGCUGCCCCGUGGGCUUCAUCGGUGCACGCCAGGUGUUCAGUCCCCAGCUGGAGGCAGAGCUGGUGGCCUAUGUGCUGCUGGCGUCCGAGGUGUGCUCCCAGCUCCCGCCCAGAGCCAUCCGCAGACUGGCCUUCCAGCUGUCCCACAGCCACCAGCUGCCCACACCGCCCUCCUGGACACACAACAGACAGGCCAGCGCAGACUGGUUCACCAGCUUCCUGAAGAGACACCCGCUGCUGUCCAUCAGCAGUCCAGCGAGCGUGAGCAGCCAGAGCCACGUCCAGCUGUUCUUCAGCAAGCUGCAGACGCUGACCGAGAGACACGGCUUCAGAGCCGAGGACACCUGGAUCAUGGAGGAGAUGGGCAUCACCACGGCCCAGCGGCCGGACCGAGUGCUGAGCAGGAGAGGUCUGAGACAGACGGGUGCUGACCGCGGGCCGCUGGUGAGUGUGGUGUGUGUGGUGUCCGCCGCCGGACGCGUGAUGCCGCCCUUCUUCGUGUUCCCUCGGGUGCAGUUCAGAGAGCACUUCCUGAGCGGAGCGCCGGCGGGGAGCUCCGGCGGAGCACAUCUGAGCGGAUGGAUGAGGGACGAGCAGUUCCUGGACUUCUUACAGCACUUCACCCGACAGACGGCGUGCACCGUGGACAGACCCUGCCUGCUGCUGCUGGACAGUCACGCCGCUCACCUGUCCAUCGAGAGCCUGAACUACAGCAGAGCCAGCGGCGUGGUGUGUCUGUGCUUCCCUGCGCUCUGCUCCCAGCAGCUGGAGCGCUGCGUGUACGGCCCCUUCAAGAGGAGCGUCAACACGGCCAUCGACGGCUGGAUGCACGGCAGUCCGGGCAGGAGCAUCACCAUCCAUCACAUCCCGGGGAUCGUCUCGUCCGCGCUCCCGCUGGCAGCCACACCGGAGAACAUCAGCGCAGCGUUCACAGCCUGCGGGAUCUUCCCUCUCGACCCCCAGCAGCUGGAGGCAGACGGUCCGGUGACCCCCGGCGCAGCGGCUGGACCAGACUCACAGGAGAAGGACGGUCUCCACUGGCUCUCCUGUGAUUACACCGCUGCAGACCGCUGCUCAAACACUUCCUGACGUUCAGUGUUCCUGUUACCUUCUCCACUGCUGGUGCUGUGUAAAUACUAAUUCAAUGACACACAUUUUAAAUGCAUAAAUUGUGAAAGAUGGCUUUUUUGAUACUAGAUGCUCGUGUUUUCUCUGCUCUGUGUCAUUAAACAGCUUCUGCGGCUGUAUUGUAUGUGUGUAGGAUUCCCCGGUGUGAGAAAUGUUCAUCUGGGAAUAUUAUACAUUUUCUUCUACUCAUCAAGGAGGAUUUAUUUGAUCAAAAAUACAGUAAAUCAGUCAAAUAUUA